CCAGUGUCGUGGGAAAAGCACCGCUAGGGACCUCACUUUCUCCGGCUUCCUCUCCUCCACGCAACCCAGCCCCGGGGGCCUUCUAGACACGCGCGCACGCGUCCACACGCGCGCGCCCCACAGGCACAGAGAGGGAGAGAGAAGACGGAGGUGGAAGGUAGCCAGCCAAGCGCGCGGGCGUUUUGCUCGCUGCUGCUGCUGCUUCUCCUCCUCCUCCUCUCUUCCCACCCGAGCCUCUCCUUCUCUGUCCUGCCGAGGAGGAGGAAGGCAAGGAGAGCGGAAGGCGGGCACUUGGAGGGAGCUGUCCACCCGGAUUCAGCACCAAAGCUUCAGGCGAGAGAGAGAGAGAUUGAGAGAGAGCCAGCGCUGCUUGGAGAAGCGAUGCCUUUGUGCCCAGUCUUGAGGGGACGAGGGAAAAAGGCGCCAAAAGAGCACCACUGCCCCUCUGACUGGGCUAGAGCAAGCCUCUCUCCCAACUUCCAAGUCUGAGGUAAUGCUGAAGAUGGCACUUCUCUUUCCAAGGUCCUGGUUGUGAAGGAGGAGAGGAAAGAAAGAGGGAGGGUGUGGGGAGGGGAGGAAAGGGGUGUCCCCCCCCCAAAAGAGGUGGACACUGGGGGAGGGAAUAAAAAGUGUGAGAGAAAGGGACCUGAGGAAGAGGUGCAGUGCCCAGUCCUCUCCGCUUUUCCCCUCAGCAUCUUGGGGGCUCUGGCGAGGCUCCCUGUAUUAUGUCUGCUCUCCGAAGGAAAUUUGGCGACGACUACCAGGUAGUGACCACCUCGUCCAGCGGCUCCGGCUUCCACCAGCAGCAGGCGUCGGCCCACAAGAAGAAGCGCCAACGGUUCGUGGACAAGAAUGGCCGGUGCAACGUGCAGCACGGCAACCUGGGCAGCGAGACCAGCCGCUACCUCUCGGACCUCUUCACCACCCUGGUGGACCUCAAGUGGCGCUGGAACCUCUUCAUCUUCAUCCUCACCUACACCGUGGCCUGGCUCUUCAUGGCCUCCAUGUGGUGGGUCAUCGCCUACAUGCGGGGUGACUUGAACAAAGCCCACGACGAGAAAUACACGCCGUGCGUGGCCAAUGUCUACAACUUCCCCUCUGCCUUCCUUUUUUUCAUCGAGACCGAGGCGACCAUCGGGUAUGGCUACCGGUACAUCACGGACAAAUGUCCCGAGGGCAUCAUCCUCUUCCUGUUCCAGUCCAUUCUGGGCUCCAUUGUGGAUGCGUUCCUCAUUGGCUGUAUGUUCAUCAAAAUGUCCCAGCCUAAGAAGCGGGCAGAGACGCUGAUGUUCAGCGAGCAUGCAGCCAUCUCCAUGAGGGAUGGCAAACUCACUCUCAUGUUCAGGGUGGGCAAUCUCCGCAACAGCCAUAUGGUCUCUGCGCAAAUUCGCUGCAAACUCCUCAAAUCCCGGCAAACUCCUGAGGGUGAAUUUCUCCCACUCGAUCAGCUUGAACUGGAUGUAGGUUUUAGCACAGGGGCAGACCAACUUUUUCUUGUUUCGCCACUUACAAUCUGCCACGUGAUCGAUUCCAAAAGUCCCUUCUAUGACCUUUCCCAGCGAAGCAUGCAAACAGAACAGUUUGAGAUUGUUGUCAUCCUAGAGGGCAUCGUGGAGACAACGGGGAUGACUUGUCAAGCCCGAACAUCCUACACAGAAGAUGAAGUUCUCUGGGGUCAUCGUUUCUUUCCUGUUAUUUCCUUAGAGGAAGGAUUCUUCAAAGUAGACUAUUCCCAAUUCCAUGCAACAUUUGAAGUCCCUACAGCACCUUACAGUGUGAAGGAACAGGAAGAAAUGCUACUUAUGUCCUCCCCUUUAAUAGCACCAGCUGUAAGUAACAGUAAGGAGAGGAAUAAUUCUGUGGAAUGUCUGGAUGGCCUAGAUGACAUUGGUACAAAGCUACCCUCAAAACUGCAGAAAAUGACGGGAAGAGAAGACUUUCCUAAAAAGCUGCUGAGAAUGAGUUCUACCACAUCUGAAAAGGCCUACAGCAUGGGGGACCUUCCUAUGAAACUUCAGCGAAUUAGUUCUGUCCCUGGUAAUUCAGAAGAGAAACUUGUAUCUAAAACCACAAAGAUGUUAUCAGAUCCUAUGAGCCAGUCUAUGGCAGACUUGCCACCAAAACUUCAAAAGUUAUCGGGAGGAGGGGGAGGUAGAAUGGAGGGAAACCUCCCCCCCAAACUGAGGAAAAUGAAUUCUGAUCGAUUUACAUAACAUGAACAAACCUUCUGGGUACCACUUCAAGUCUGAAUGCCAUUCAGCCCAAUUUGGGCAGAAAAACAAACACAAUGAAAUAGCAUUUGGUGACCAGUUUUGCUUAGAACUACAUGCCUUUGGAAACAACAUCAUUAACCAACACUGAGGACUUGGCAAAAGAUCUGAAAUUCGGCUUAUGGCCACAUGAAAGCUAAAAAGCUAAUAUUAAUUGGCAUGUAGUAUCACCAUAAGCAUGCAAUAAUAGUGUGCAAAUUUUGCAAAUAGUUUUAUGGCAUGGUUCUUACUAUAUUUAUACUGUAUAUUCUGAAAAAAAAAUGUAAAUGGGAUAUUAUUCUCCUAUAUUUCUUAAGUAUUAAAUAGUAUGUAAAACUUAAAAGUGGGUUUCCAGCAGACAAGUUAUAGAUUAAUUUGUAAUUGGUACAGUUCAGCCAAAGUUAACCAUUUUGGACAUCAAAGCUUUGUCCAUUAUAUCCUCCACAUUGGAAAAGUUUUCUGCUCUCAAGUCUCUUUUCCACUUAAUAACAGUUUCUUUACAAGUGAAGAAUUGUAUAGGAGGGUUGAGUGCAACUUCAAAAAUCUAAAUAAGUCCUCAAAUAUUUUCUGUUUCAAGCAGUGGAAUGUCCAAGUGUUUUACACUGGCUGAAACAUGCCCAUUUUCUUGAUGCAAUUUAGAAUGUUUUCUUCGGAGAGUUAUUGUGCACAUUUUCUUUGUUGAGGCAAAGCGUAUGAAGAGGUUCAAGCACCAAAACAUAUAGCCUUAAACUUUUUAAUUGUUUCAUUUAGCAUAUCCCUCUUUUUUGCUACAAGAACCCCAUAGCUAUGCUUUAUAUAAAAAAACUUGAAUCCUGUUGGAGAGUAAUUGUAUUUUACACUGCUACUUCCACUUUUGCUAGAUUCCUGAAGCUGUGAUGAGUUCGACACCACUUUAACUGCUAUGCCUCAAUGCUGUGGGAUAAUGUGAGCCGUAAUUUUACAUGGUCUUUAGCCUUCUCUACCAAAGAGUGCUGGUGUCUCAUCAAACAACUACUCCCAUAUUUCCGUAGCAUUCAGCCAUGGUAUUAAAGUGGUAACAAACAGCAUCACUUCUACAGUGUAGAUGUACCUUAGGUCAUCAUCAAGAAGAAAAAGCUGCCAAUUUUCCAGCAAUUGGGGUGAAUGGGAUUGUGUUCUUGGAGUCUAGGUGCUUUACACCACAUGGCAGGUAAUUGCUCAAACACAAUAUAGUCUGUGCAGUAGGAGAACUAUAAUGACCAUAUAGCAUAUAGUAACACCAUAACUCCCAAAAUAAAGCUCAGUACAAUACAAUGCAAUGAAAAAUGCAAUAGAAAAGUAGCAACUGCUUUCAAAUGGAAAUUAUCUCAGUCUGAUAUCAGUUCCAAUGUAUCAAAACUUCAGGAGUCCAAAUCCGAUGAUAAAAUCUUCCAAAAGGGAGUGGACUAGUGGUUAGUUAGGUAGCUAGCUACUAUGCAGAAUGGACAGAAUAAACAUGGAGCACAGCUCUCAAAACACAAAGUCUCUGCGAAUGAAGUCAUUCAUGAUUCAGAAGAGCUGUAAAGGUCCAUACAGAGGUGUCCAGGUUUGCUAAUACCCUGUUUUGGGAAGAAAACUCCCCUUCUUCAAGUGAUAAGGUGAUUAGCAACUACAAGUAAUGACUCACACCGUGCAUAAUAACAUCAAGAAAAAUAGACUCUGCUCAUGGAAAUUCUCCAUCUUUAUUCUGUCCAUUCUGUGCUCCGUCUUUAUUCUGUCCGUUCUGCAUAGUAGCUACCUGACUAAUUGCCAGUUCACUCCCUUUUGGAAGAUUUUAUCAUCAGAUUUGGACCCCUGAAGCUUUCAUACAUUGGGAUUGAUAUCAGACCGAGAUAAUUUCCAUUUGAGAGCAGUUGCUGUUUUUCUAUUGCUUUUUUUCAUUGCACUGUAUUGUAUUGAGCUUUGUAUUGGGGAUUAUGGUGUUAUUGUAUGCUAUAGGGUCAUUAUAGUUCCCCUACUGCACAGACUAUAUUGUGUUUGUUUAUGUAUUUUACAAGUAUUCUGGGAUAUUGCUUAUUAGGUAAUAGCUCAUGCCAGAACACCUUGUUUUCACAUCACUGUACGGCAGACAUCGAAGAAAUAGUCUGCUCAAGGCCAUCAGGCGUCUUUCCCUGGCAAUGCUGAGAGUGGCUUUUCAUUCCUUCACUGUCAUUGCAUCUGCCAUCUUUUUCCUCCUGCCACCACCUUGUUGCUACUAUUGACAGACUUGAUCUUUGUAAAGAUGUCUGAAAGUGGGUGAUAGCCUUAAAAGACCUUUCUUUUUAGAAACAAGGCAUGAAAUCCAAAAGACAUAAUUUGAAAACUUAUUUCAUAUUUAUUAAAUAAAUACAGAAGAAAAAUUCCAAAAAGAAAUAUUUUCUCACUUCAUUAUGCAUAUUGCUUUUGACAGAUAUGCAAAUGGUAAACCCACUCCUUACACUAAAUAAAUAAAAAUUUUAGGAUCUAGUCCUUCAGACAGUAAAGUUGAAUGUUGGGAACCUCAGAUAAAACUAGAGCUUGGAACGAAUUCAUUAAGGUAUUAAUUGUACAAAAUUGUUCUAGUGUUUCUAGACCCCCCAAUUAGUAAGGAAGUCAUAAAUAUACUUUGUUAGAAUUCAUUAGAAUUUACAAAUGCCGUUUCUGCUGUCAAAUUUAGUAAAAAAAAAAAAGGGUCUCUUGCUUCAGAGAUUUUUUUUUUGGAAUUAGAAAACAAUAUAUCACAAUGAUCUGUUGUUAGGCAUACUAAUCUUUGUGGUUUCUUCAUGAAGACAGCAGAGGAGAGGAGAGGGGAAAAGAAAGAGAAGGACAAAGAAUAUUUUGGAAUCCAGAACAGAUAGCUGGGUUUGUGAAACAGAAGAGCUAACACUGGAAAAGAAGGAAAACAUAAAAGAAAAAGUAAGUUAGAUGUGUUUGCUGAGCAGAAGGCUGAGGCCCUCAGGCAUCCAAUGCCCUUUCUUUUUGGGUAUGGGGUACUUGGGAUUCUGGUUUCUAUUAUGUUUUAUGUAAUGAUAUACAGUUAUGCAAUUCUACUUUAGACUUUUCAGGAAAGCAUUUUAGGCCUACAGGUGUCCUUGCAUGUAGAAAAGGAAUGUAUUUGGAGUCCUUUUAAUGUCUGUAUAAUGACUCUACAGUAAUUUUUCCACCUCAAUUGAUUAAAUUCUUGACUGACUUCUGUUGUACAAUGUUGUAUAAAAUAUAAAUAAUAUAUAUUAUUUGGGGGUGAGCUGCAUUGAACCCAUUUGAAAUUAUUUAGUGUUUAACACAGUUCUAGGUUCUUGGAUAAUUAAAUCCCCAUUAGUUCUAUCACCCAUUUUUUCUGUUUAGCUCCCACCCCACAACCAUCAUUCCCAUUCCGUUUUUUUAACCGUUCUCCUCCUCUAACACCAUUUUCUUUUAAUAAUACAAUUAAGAUAAGAUGGGUGCAAAGAAAAGUGGGGCUUGUCAAAUACAUAAUCAUUUGAAUUGAAUGUACAGUAGAGUCUCAUUUAUCCAACAUAAACGGGCCGGCAGAAUGUUGGAUAAGCAAAUAUGUUGGAUAAUAAGGAGGCAUUAAGGAAAAGCCUAUUAAACAUCAAAUUAGGUUAUGAUUUUACAAAUUAAGCACCAAAACAUCAUGUUAUACAACAAAUUUGACAGAAAAAGUAGUUCAAUACACAGUAAUGCUAUGUAGUAAUUACUGUAUUUACGAAUUUAGCGCCAAAAUAUCACGAUGUAUUGAAAACAUUGACUACAAAAAUGCUUUGGAUAAUCCAGAACGUUGGAUAAGCGAGUGUUGGAUAAGUGAGACUCUACUGUACUACAGAUUGUAUUUGAAUUCCCUAAGCUCUGUGUUCAUAAGCUUUACUCUGCUACUGCUCUUUGCAGACUGCACAUUUUGAUUGAGAAUUGGAAAGCAGAAAGGAUGCAGUGAUUCAGUUGUUCAGAAAAUGUUCACGUUAACUUUUGUUAACAACAUAUUAAGAAUUUUGAAGUUACUGACCGAUGUGUAGGAUUAUCCACUUUUUUGCUGUUCUUACAGUGGGUCAGAGCCCUCUAACUGUAACAAAUAAUUCCUUAUUAACCUUUACCAAAGAAAGCAUUGCAAAAGUGAGUGAAGUGUAUGUGCUGGUGAAGUAGAAAAGAAAAAGCUGAAGAUAAUGACAAACUGAAGAUGUUGUUAUGACAAGAUUGUAUACUUUGGGAUAGCCUUCUACCAUGACAUUUCCUAGACAUUCUAGACUUUUACAUUUCUCAGCAACAGUCAUGCCAUAAUAUCUUUUUAAUACAUGGGUGGGGGGGGGGGGGAGGUUAAGUUGGAUUAGGCAACUUUAAAAACAAAAAAAAUAGUUAUUUUGAAAAAGCCAGUAACAAAAUGUGCUUCCCUAAGAUCAACAGUGGAAACUUCCAUGUCAUCCUGUGUAAAUCCCCUGGUCUGGUCCCACACCAAUGGUUUAAUCAUAAGCUGCUACAUUAGUAUAAGUAGUCAGUCAUAUAGGUGCUAAGAAGCCCCUUUACCAAUAUGUAACAAUACCCCAGUAAGAGUGCCCAUAUGUAUUGGUGCUCAGUAGAAAUUAAGACUGAUAUAUCAGGACAAUCUGAUACACACCAGGAUUUAUGUAUGUGGUGCUGCUUGUGCAUCAGUCCUGGUGAGCAUUUGGCACCAAUCUGUAUUUGGCACUUGGUUAGCUCUGCUACUUAGUAACAUCACAGCAGCCUUCUGUUGGCUGUGGAUGUUACAUAACUGCAUAAUUCUAAUUCUCACAAACCUAAGUUCACUUACAAAGAUAUCAGCCCCCAAAAGGAUUCUAACCAGGUUAAAUAAUUUUGAUCAUUACUGUUUAUGUUACUGAAUUUCUCAAAGUGUAAUAUUGAGAAAUUAUCAAAUUGAGUUUCAAGCCUAAGAGUCCAAGCUCUGGACAAGAACAGCUGCUUAUUGGAAAGCUUCUAUAAUGUUCUGAGAGUAUUUAUCUAUAACUUUUAAAGAUGUGCCUAACAUUAUCACCCUGAAUAGCUUCUUGAAUAUCCAUUGCCCCAGGGAAAGAUUAAGAAUUUUAGAGACUUAUAUAAUGGUUCUAAUCGUCUCAAUCUACCUUGAGGUUUCUUUCAUGAUUGGUCCUUCAGCGUUAGUAUUUGUAGAUUUUUAUUUGGGGGAGGGGGUUCUCACAUUACAGAUAGCAUUCUCUGGCAAUAGUUAUCAGUGUGAAUUUACCAAGAUUCUUCAUGGGUGUGUUAAAGGAAAUGAAGAAUGUAUUUUCUAGAUGUUUAUACGCCUGUUCCUGAGGUUAUUUGGUGCACUGAUUCAAAACAUUGCUUUGAGCUCUAGUUUCUUAGAGUUAUGAAGAAUUUCUAUGAGUGAGCAGAUGAAGAUUGGUACAUGGCAUAUAUUCUCCAUCUAAAAAACUAGAGCUGAUAAGGGGGAAAAUGGUACUCGUUUUGGUAUAUGCAGAAACAGGUCUAUAUUUGGUUACGAAAAUGUGUGUUGGCCAGUGUUAUAGAUUUUAAAAAAUCACAAGAAAUAUUGCUAUUUAUAGCAUCAUCAGAUGGACAAAAUUGCCCAUCCUACGACCCUUCCACUUCACUUGGGGCACAGAACCCACUGGUUUCCAUCACAUGACAUUAAUCUACUUUCAGCAGAGCUGCAUGCCUCAAAUAAAGUGGAAGUGUCACAGGGGACAGUGGUGACAACACAUGAGGCAUAGGAAACAACGGGGAGAAGCACGGAGGCAAUGCUUUUCCCUCCGUGGGAUGUGAGGGGGAAGGCAGGUGAUACAGGUGUGGGCAGAGCCGGCCCUAGGUAUUUUUCAAGUGUAGGCGAACAGAAUUUUGCCCCCCCCCCCAAACCAAUCACUGAAAAUUAAAAGCGUUGGAUAAGUGAAAAUAAGGAGGCAUUAAGGGAAGCCUAUUAAACAUCAAAUUACAUUAAGUUUUUACAAACUAAGCACCAAAACAUCAGGUUUUACAACAAAUCAACAGAAAAAGCAGUCUCAACUGCGCCCCCGUAUGUUUUGCGCCACAGGCGACUGCCUAAUUCGCCUCAUUGUUGGACCGCCUCUGGGUGUGGGUCAAAGUGUUUCCCAUGCCCCAUGACAGACACCACUGAAUUUGCCACAAUGUGUGGUGAGUACCAGUCUUAAUGUGAUUAGGUCCUUAGUAAUCUUUCUUUAAGGUGCUUGGAAUGUUAUAAGUUGCUGCACAAGGGUUUUUAAAAAUCGUAUUUCUGGCCCAACACUGUAUUCAUGUUAACUGGUAGAAAAAUAGGUUAUCCUAUAUGUAUUCAUAUCUAAGUGUAAAAAAUUUAGUCCAAAAAUCAACCCAAAAAACCUGAACUGACUCAUUCUUGGGUCUUAUUCUGUGACUGCAGGACCUUAACUCUUUUCAAAAUGGAACCACCCAUUUCUCAGAAUAAACUGGCAAAAGGUGAAUGCUUAGUUCAUUCUGGGGGAACCUAAAAGAAGCACCAAUCCCUUCUACUGUCUCCACUGCAGCACCACUUCAGGCCUUUUUGAAUGAAUGGGCAAAUAAAUGGCAACAGCAGUCAAGGGCAUCUGGCCCCCUGAGGUGCCAUUAGUGCUUUCUCCUCUCUGCAGAAUUGACCCUCAACAUUCACAACUCAUAUCAAAAUCCAUAAUUUUGGUCCCCAAAACUGCCCUUGACUUAUACGUGAGUAUAUACAGUAAGUAUAUCAGGUAUAAGGGUCCAAAUAUAUCAAAAUGGCCAUAGCUUGUAUACAGGCAAACACUGGUGCUGCUGCACCAGUAUAUGACAUCUGUGCUUCUUCUACAUUCUCUUAUAGCAACCCAAAUGCUGCUGAAUAAACAAGAAAUAAAAGCCAGAACAACAGUUUUGCACAUGAGUUGUUUUCUAAUAAGUAGCAAAGUAAGCCAGAACAAGUUCUUUGCAGGGUGCAAAGCUGAAUAGCAAGCCUCAUUUUCCAGGCUUAAUGUUGCAGUGUAAUUCCAUUGAUUACAAAAUCAGUAGCAGAUAUGUGGUUUCACACAGAUGAAAACCGCACUUAUGGGCAUUCAGAAGCCACUACAAAGCAUUGCGUGAGCUCCCAAUGGGCUCAGCCUAAUCUGCUGUGAUCUAUAGAAUUUCCAUAGAAAUUCAACAACAAGCCUCACAAGGGCUGAUUUUUCCAAUUAAUAGUUGGGAGCAAAUUAGCUAUAAAAGCACAAGCUUCUUAUCCAUUGUAAACUUGAGAAAGGCAUAUUUACAGCACUUUUAGGGCUUUUCCCCCACCUCCCCACCCCAGAUAGCAUGAAUCUUGCAUGCUCAGUUGUUUUUAAAAAAAUCAAAUUCAUAUAAUUGUAAACCAAUAGCAUUUCUUGAAAAAGUCCACUGGGAAAGUCAUAUAAUUCUUCUCCUACUCUUUGCACUAAAACAAGAGCCACAUUUCUAAUAGUAUUACUUGUUAUUCUAAAAGUAUCCCAUAAAAUAUAGCCUAUAAUAAUUCUGUUUACAGUGUGCUGCACACAUAAGUAAUCAGGGAAAAAGAUGAAUAAUGCCAUUGGUGCCUGUAGGAAGAGAAAAUAGUUUAAUAUAAAAACACUGGUGGCUUAAUUAUGGACAUUGUUUUGACUUCUAUGGGGAGGUAAAUAAAUGCAGUAAAACACCUUCCAAAUAAGAUGAUAAUUGCAGCUCUCUCCAUGCAAAACAAAGGUCUCCUAUGAAAACUUUAGGCAAACAUGUUAUUUUCAACAAAAUACAAAAUCUUUAGCCAGGAUGCAAGGAGAUAUUCAAGAGCUUAUGGUUGGAUCUACACUUCCCUGUAUCCCAGAAUAUGAUCCCAGAUUAUCUGAUAGUGUAUACUCAGGGCCCUUCCAGACAGUUGCUUAAUCUGGAGUAAGGAAGUGGGAUUAAAAAACCUGGUAUUUUAAACAGAAUCCUCACAUAGAGCCAUUAGUCCUGGGAAAUGGUUCCACUGCAUCUACAAAGAUUUUGGUUUAUGUGGAUUGAAGGGAACCAUAAAAAAUAUAGAACAUCCACCAGAGGUUGUAUUUUUUUUUCUUAAUGACCUUCAGAGAUGUGCUGCACUUCAGAAGCAUUUUGCCAGUACUUAUGAGCACUAAUGCACUGAUGUAGAUAUAACAAAGUACACACAAGCAGAUUUCCUGUCAUCAGCUCUCGUCACCCUCCUGGUCCCUUCAGGUUUGCCCUCUUGAACCCCGUUUCCCUUUGGGGUAACUUGACUGCCAUGCUGGUGCCCACUGUGUAAAUUCAAACUCCAUUUCAUUUCACAAAUAUGAAAACAAAGGAAUCUUGCAGAGAGUUCUCAUGGGAAUUGCUUUCCUCUUGUUUUUCCAUUUAGCCACCAGUAUGUCUAUGGCUCCAUCUGUUUGCAUCCCUCAUCAGCUCAAGAUUUUAAAAUGAGGAUAUGUGCUGGAGCACUCUAUACCAGCAUACCACCAGUAAAUCUCAUUUUUGGGAGCUAUACAGCUCUCUGUAGCAGCCCACUUUUGGUCUGAUAUUAGAUUUUGUGUGAACAUUUUUAUCACGUGCAUUUUUAUCGUAUGCAGUCCCACAAUCAAAAAUGGAUUUUCAGUCUAUGUUUUCUAGCUGCAACCCCCCCCCCCCCCCGUUUUAUCCCAUUUUCUGUGGAAAUGGGGCCUUGUAUAAUCCAGUUCAAAUCAGAUAAUCUGGGAUUAGAUCCUGGGAUAUAGGGCAAUGUAGAUCCAGCUUCUGUCUCUCUCCACCGUUCGUCAUUCAGCAGCAGUUCCUCUGGCCUUGUCAGAAUCCGUAGGAAGGAAAUUCUCAUUGUUGCUGUGUGCCUUCAAAUUGUUUCCAGCAUAUAGCAAUCCUAAAGUCAACCUAUCACUGGGUUUUCUAGGGCUGAGUGUGGCUGGAUCUGCACUGCCCUAUAUCCCAGGAUCUAAUCCACCUUUCUCUGCUUAUUCCAGAUUAUUUGGCAGUGUAGACUCAGUUCAAAGCAGAUAAUCUGAAAUCAGAUUCUGGGGUAUAAGGUAGUGUAGAUCCAGCCUGUUUGUGAUUCACUAAAGGUCAUCCAGUGGGUUUCCAUGUUGAAGCAGGAAAAUGAACCCUGGUUGUAGGCUAAAACCAUCACAUGAUACAGGCUCUCAAAAUUUCUCUUACCUAUUAAAGAGCAGCCCAAGAGAGCACAGUAUUUUACUCAAAGACAAGGGCUGGAUCUGCACUGCCCUAUAUCCAAGGAUCUGAUCCUAGAUUAUCUGCUUUGAAUUGGAUUAUAUGAGUCUACACUGCCAGACAGUCUGGGAUAAAAAUAGAUCAUCUGAGAUCAGAUCAGGGUAUAUAGAGCAGUGUAGAUUCAGUUUAAUCCAUGGUCAAGGAAAAGAGGCAAACAAUACCCAAACUGAAAGUUCAGGCAGAUUUUUGAACUGCAAAAAUUUGGUUUUGAUUUUUGACUUGAUUUAGGGUAAUAAAUCAAUAAUGGUAAAUACCAACAAGCCAAAAGGUCAGCGGUUCGAAUCCUGGUGAACUCCUGCUGUUAGCCCCAGAUUCUGCCAACCUAGCAGUUUGAAAACAUUUUAGUAGAUCAAUAGGUACCGCUCCAGCGGGAAGGUAACGGUGUUCCAUGCAGUCAUGCCAGCCACAUGACCUUGAAGGUGUCUACGGACAAGGCCGUCUCUUCAGCUUAGAAAUGGAGAUGAGUAUCAACCCCCAGAGUCAGACAUGACUAGACUUAAUGUCAGGGGAUUACCUUUACCUAUUGAUUUGUUGGGGGUGAAUCAUUUCAUAUUAGAGAAUGUGGUUGAGGAGGCAAUGUACUAAGUAAGAUUACUUUUGAAAUAGACAGAAAUAAUCCCUUACAAUGCUGUUCAAAGGUUCUGUUCUGAUCAUCCUCACUUCUGAACAUUUUAUAUUCAUAUUUUUGAUGCAUUGAGGAUCUACUCAAUUUAUGAAUGUCAGUCACUUGAUAACUUGUAUCGGAAAUUGUGAACUGCUCCGCAAUGAUAUGUUUUUACUUUUUUUGAUGAAUCAUUUAUGAAAUAGGGCUUUCCCAUCUCCUCCUGCGACAGCCAUCCCAAAAGCUACUCUAGAAGACUGGAAAACUAUAUGGAACAUCUUGAGAUUUGACACAGGGACUUUGGGGGAAAAAUGGAAGAAUAGGUCUUGUAAAUCCUCUUUUGAAAUGUUUUAUGAAGUGAUAUGGAAGAUACCUAAUUACUUUAAGAUGUCAAUUUCAAGUUUUAGACUCCCUGUGAGACAAUUUAUACAUAAUUAUCUGAAAAUUUGUUAGCUGGUGUGGGAGACAGCAUUAAACCAUAGUGCAUUCUUAAGCAUAUUUACUUGGAAGUAAGACCCACAAAUUUCCCUCACAUUUGCUCCUAAGAAAUAUCUAAAUAAAACUUUGUAAGUCCGUUAAUUUCAUAAAGGGCUUGAACCAUUUGAAACCAUGAGUGGCCAUUCAUAAGUCGGGAUGUAUUGAUGGCAAGGGUUCUACAAGAUCUAUCACAUGCCAUUUUGGCCCAUUCUACACUGCCAUUAUAAUGCAACUUGACCUGGAUUGCAUGGCAGUGUAGACUCAUAUAAUCCAGUUCAAUGCAGUUCAAACUGCAUUAUAUGACAGUGUAGAUGUCAGAUGGGGGCUUUGUGACCUAUUUUAAGUAAUGAAAAGCUGACAGUUCUACAAUACUUGAGAAACCAAGUGAAUUUCAGAAACCACGGGGACAUAAUUGUCACAAUCAUAUGGCAUUUGUAUGGUCUCUGCAUUUACUUAUUUGCUGAUUUGAAAUCUCUGGCUUGAAAUGCAUGUUUAGAUCAAAAUGUGAUGUCAUUGUGCUGUCUGUAAUACACUGACAAAACAGUAACAAGAACACAUCAAAGAUAUAGAAUGUGACCAGAUUUUUGCUGUGUAUCAGAUCAAAGAACUUGCACAUGAUUUCUCUACAUCCAAGCCUCUUGAAAAUAUGCAUUUGAUUAUUUUCUUAUGAAUACAUCACUUAAAGAAUCCCACCUUGCAAUGUCUCUUAAAUCUUUCUCUCUCACACUCUCUCCUUCUCUCUUCUUCUCUGCUUAAGUGUAAAGGUUACACAUUUGAUGGUAUCUGUCUCAUUAAUUUAAAUGUUAACUUUAUCCACAUUUUAUUAUUAAACCUUUGCACAAUCAACUGUAUAACCAUGCAUUAGGCUCCAAGAUUGCAUAGAAAUAACAGCAAUUACAAAAUGAUAUCUCUGUGUUGUGAACUAACACACUGUUAUUGGAUUCUUUUUGUCCCCAUUUUAUUUUCUGCUAGGAAUAUAUGAUAUGUCACAAUGAAAUAAAAGGUUACUUUUAGUCCAGUCAAAGCAUCUGAAAUAUUUUGCCACAGGAAAAAAAAGAGUCUGAAUUAUUAAGUUAAAUUAGAUUUUCAAUUUUAUUGCCAGAAUAAUUGUUAAGCAUUCUCGUUGGUAUGCUAGCACUGUGUUGUGUGUUUAAAUUAAAAUAUUUUUGCUUUCCCCAGAACAGUUAAACAUUCAAAAGGAUGUAUUUAGCCCUUGUUUUCCUACUGUAGCAACUUUUAAUAUUUUUUUUGCAUUUAAUAGCCUUGUUCAUAGUUUAGCAGCCACUUUAGUUUCAUUAUUCAUAUUUUUGCCCAGCCCUAGUGCUUAUGCUACAAAGCCAAUUCUGUUCGGCUGCACAGCAGGUCUGUGUUUUUGACUGCUGAAUUUAUGCUUGAAUUUUACUGUAAAUUGUAUAUAUUCAAAUUAGAAACAGCUGGUUGCAUUUUCUGGCAUGAAAUCUAUAACUGUAUAAAUGUACAAGUAUAUUUGGAUAAUAUAAAAUUAACAAACUCUUGUAUUCAUAAAUACUGCAAGCUCAGUUUUAUCUAAAGCUAUAUUAAACUUUCCAAAAAUGCUGGAUUUCAA